GGGCUCCAGAGUUUGAGGACAGAUGUGUACAAACGGAGGCUACAUGUCAGGAAUUAGGGGCUGCAUCUCAAGCAAUAGGGGCUCCAGAGUUUGAGGACAGGUGUGUACAAACGGAGGCUACAUGUCAGGAAUUAGGGGCUGCAUCUCAAGCAAUAGGGGCUCCAGAGUUUGAGGACAGGUGUGUACAAACGGAGGCUACAUGUCAGGAAUUAGGGGCUGCAUCUCAAGCAAUAGGGGCUCCAGAGUUUGAGGACAGGUGUGUACAAACGGAGGCUACAUGUCAGGAAUUAGGGGCUGCAUCUCAAGCAAUAGGGGCUCCAGAGUUUGAGGACAGGUGUGUACAAACGGAGGCUACAUGUCAGGAAUUAGGGGCUGCAUCUCAAGCAAUAGAGGCUCCAAAGUUUGAGGACAGGCGUGUAAAAACAGAGGCUACAUGUCAGGAAUUAGGGGCUGCAUCUCAGGUAAUAGAGAGUCCAGUUCUGAAGGAGAGGGAUCUUCUGAGAGUGGCUAAGAGGUUAGGACGUGAUUGGUGGCAAGUGGCUAUUUUUUUAGGAGUUGAUACAACUGAACUGAAAAUUGAUGAUGAGUCUAUUGACACUGUAAAACAAGGCUACCUGAUGCUUCGCGAAUGGUUCAAAAAUUGCGACCCAGAAACACGGACACACGCAACAUUAAGUGCAGCUCUUGAAGAAGCUGAAUGUUUCACUGCGAUGGAAUGUCUGUCAUUAGACGCAAAGUGAAUUUCCAUGUAACUGUUGUUGUUUAGCUUCAGAUUAACCUUGACCAAACAGAGUCUUUUGAUCAAACGCAUUCCAGCCAGGACCAUCAUGCCUAUUUCCAAAGAGAACCCACAACCACCUCGUCCAAUAUGCCCUUCUGUACAGUGAUAUCGUGUGAAUUUAGCUACUAAUUCUAGCAGGUAUAUCAACCACAUUGUGAUCCCAUCACUGGUUUUGCUCCUUUGUUAAAAAUUCACUUUUAAAAUAAAGACAAAGUUUGAAAUGUUCA